AUGGCAAAUUCAACAGAGACUAAUGAACUUCUCAGAAACCUAACAGACUUGACUGAUGCCGAAAGAGGGAGUCCUUACAAAACAGUCGAAGUGGUCUUCAUUGUAAUUGUGACAGGAUCUUUAAGUUUGGUGACCAUUAUUGGAAACAUUCUGGUUAUUGUUUCUAUCAAAGUAAACAGGCAUCUACAAACUAUCAACAACUACUUUAUUUUCAGCUUGGCCUGUUCUGAUUUGAUUAUUGGUGUAUCUAUGAAUCUAUACGCCAUCUCCACUCUAAUUGGACACUGGCCAUUGGGCCCAGUGGUUUGUGAUUUAUGGCUUGCUCUAGAUUAUGUUGUCAGUAACGCCUCUUCUAUGAACCUCCUGAUCAUCAGCUUUGACCGCUACUUCUGUGUGACAAAACCGCUCAGCUACCCUGUGAAGAGAACAGUGAAGGUGGCAGGGAUGAUGAUCGCAGCUGUUUGGGUGAUGUCCUUUAUCCUGUGGGCACCUGUCAUUCUGUCCUGGCAGUUCAUCGUAGGGGAGUGGACAGUUAGUGAGGGAGACUGUUUUAUUCAAUUCUUCUCAAAUCCAGCUGUCACUUCUGGCACUGCUAUAGCUGCCUUCUAUCUCCCUGUUAUUAUCAUGAUGAUUUUGUAUGUGCAAAUAUCUCGUGCUAGCAAGAGUUGUGUAAAGGAGGAUAAAAAGGAGAUUGAAUCAAGCAAGUACACCUUUUUACCCAGUCUAGUGAAGGGCAAAAUAAUGAAACAGAAUAAUAACUACAUAUCGAAUGCUCCUGCUGAUUUACCGCAUGUCAAAAUAACUGGUGAAAUAAUGAUUGAUAAUUGUGACCAAGGAGAGGAGAAGGAGCUCUCCAAUGAGUCAAUGUCCAUCAGUGUGGACCCAUCAAACCAGAAUGAGGAAGGGACGAUACAAGAGAGCACAAACGUCUCUAUUACACAAAGCUGUUUCAGGAUGGACAACCCCAAACUCUGGUGUAUAAAGGUAGUCAGCAAAUCUCAUAAAAGUGAUGACUGUGGCACCGAGACAGGAAUAGUGCCAGGUGCCAGCAGCAAGGAUGGGAGUGACCGAGAGAUCAGAGCGGGCAAUAGGAUCACUACAAUGACCAAUACUCCUGCUAAGAAGAGGAAGGGAGUUGUAUCCCGAGAGACGAAGGUAACUAAGACCAUCCUGGCUAUUCUCCUGGCAUUUAUCAUCACAUGGAGCCCUUACAAUGUCAUGGUGCUAAUUGACACAUUCUGUUCAACCUGUAUCCCCAACACAUUCUGGACUAUUGGAUGCUGGAUCUUUUACAUCAACAUUACUGUCAACCCAGCCUGCUACACAUUGUGUAAUAAUACCUUCAAGAAAACCUUCAAGAAUCUUCUCCUGUGUCAGUACAAGAACAUUGGUACAACAAGAUAA